ACCAUAGUAUCCUAUGGUGAGAAAAGAAAAAAUAAAACCGUUUUGAGUCGUUCUAAACUCAUUUCUACGCGGAAAUAAAGAAGGUCGCCACUGUUAGUACCGCGGAUCUUUGUUGUGACCGGGGUCUUCGCCGUCUUCGUGUCUUCUCCGCCGUCUUCGACCUGUGCUGCUCCCUCCUCGGCCGUCAGGAUCGGUGCAGCUCACUCCUUCUCGUCACAAUCCGUGUUCUUCACUCCGUCGCGUCACGAUCGGUGCUGCUCACUCCUUAGCGUCACAAUCUGUUUUCGCCUCUGCGAUUUUAACUUAUUUUCAUCUCUUCCCUAUCGGAUCAUCAAAAGGAAUUAUGAACCCAAAUCCAAAUUGUUAAAGCUUCACACUUGGCAAUCGAAAAUCACCGAUACACACUUCGAAUCAUUUAUAAAUCGCCAGAUCAAUUGGUUCGGAAAUCCCCAAUCAUGGGACCUGCUUCUGCUCUUGUCUGGUUCGUUCAUUCCCACUUCUUCUCCUUCGAAUAGCAGCUUCCUGAAUGGGAAAGGGUUUGAUAUGGGCAACAGCCGAAGACCUGUGUAACAACAGGGGUCGAGUUCUGUCGCUAUACCGUCAGAUACUACGAAGCCUGAAUUCUCCUUCGCUACCACUGAACUUUGCUGCAAGACAGGCGAAGAAAGCAAAAGUGCGUGCAAUGUUCUGGGUGGGUUCUGAUGAACGGUCAUUGCAUAACAUUGCCGACCUAAUUGAUGCUGCUGAAUACUCUCUCUCCUUUCUUAAAAAAGGCCAAUUUCCCCCUCGUUAUAUCACAUGAACAACACCUUCCGUUUCACUCAUUACAAUUUGGUAUGAACUUGAUACAAUCAUGAUAUUAUGUGGUUGUUAAGUAUAUGUAGUAGACGUGAUUUCUAUUUUCACUAUAUUGUAUUGGGACAAUUUUCAAAAUUGAACACAUCUAGAUCAAUCUUAGAGUAUGUCAUGUCAAACCUAAAUUCUACCUUAUUGUAUUAUGUUUAUAAUAACAGUGGCUCCGAUUUUAGUAGAUUAAAAAUCAACGCUGCGGCUUGAGUUCGGCUAA